UUGUAUUAUCGCUCGGUACCUAGUAUUAAAUUUUUGUAAUAUUUUGAAAAAUGAAUGAAAAUCUACUUACAUGUCUGUGAAAAUGUCAGAAAUUUGGAAUGUGAAUUGUUUGUGCCGCUGUUGCCACGCUGAAGGCAGUUUCAACAAUUCUUCUGCAAUAUUUAAUGACGAAAUUACCGCUGAAACAUUUUCAGUCAUGCUAAGGGAAACAUUUAAUAUUAACAUCACACCUGUACCAAGAGACAGCAAACAUAUCAACGUCUGUAGCCAAUGCGAAUUAAGAUUACGGGACGCCUCACUCUUCAAACGACAAGUUUUGGAUUGCGAACAAAAGUUUAGACAAUAUUACUCUGAAGAAUCCAAAGAUGAACAUUUGAACAAAGGUGUGAAAAUAGAAACAGACGAUAUCGAAGACGUCAAAGAUGAAUCGGAUCAAAUAGAAGCCAAUGAAAAUAAAUACUAUGGAGACUCCGGCCAAAUCGCUUCAAUGAAAAUAUUCAUCAAACCUGUUGUUAAUUUGGAAGACCAGCCAUUGUCUGUGUUGAAGAGUCAUCAUGAUUGGAGUCCGGACCAGAGCGAUGAUGAAUAUCAGACGCCAUUAAAUCAACUAGAAACGAAAUACACGCACUCAGAAAAGCAAAAAAAGACGAAAAAAUAUUCCUGCGAUGUUUGCGAGAAACGUUUCACAUACCACGGGUCAUUAGAAGUGCACAUGAAACUGCACACUGGCGAGAAAACAUACAAAUGUCUACUGUGCAACAGCAUAUAUACUGAGAACAAGGAGUUGACAAAACAUAUAGCCGCCGCACAUAGCGUGAACGACAGAUAUACGUGCACUGUAUGCGAAGAAAUAUUCGUUAAAGCGUCAACAUUCAAAAAGCAUAUAACGAAACAUUUCUUAGAGAAAUUCAAGUGCGCGACAUGCAACAAAGAGUUUCAGAAGAAGAAGGGUCUCAAGGAGCAUGUUAAAACGCAUACGGGUGAGAAAAAACACGUUUGCAAUGUAUGUUCCAAAUCUUUUGUGCACAGUCAGACGUUGAAAUCGCAUAUUUUGACCCACACCGGCGAGAAACCUUACGUUUGUGAUGUGUGCGGGCGCAGGUUCCCGCAGAGAACUCAUUUGAAACGACACAUAUAUAUAAUACAUACAGGCGUCAAGCCUUACUCUUGCAAAACUUGCAAUAAACAGUUCUCGAGUAAAAGUUACUUAUCUAUACACGAGAGGCAGCAUACAGGCGAGAAACCUUUCUCGUGUGAUGUCUGCCAGAAGAAUUUCACAGCGUACACCACAUUAAAAGUACAUAUGCGCGUGCACACAGGUUUGAAACCGUAUUCGUGCAGUUUCUGCGAGCGCCAGUUCGCGCAAAUGGCUAGUUUCAAACUUCACGAGCGAACUCAUACCGGUGAGAAACCGUUCGCUUGCAAAGUGUGCAAAAAACCGUUCUCCGAUAACGGUUAUUUGAAAAUUCAUAUGCGCGUGCACACAGGCGAGAAACCUUACGCGUGCGAAGUUUGCAAAAGGCGUUUUCGCGAAACUGGACAGUUAAAGCGGCAUAUGAGAGUGCACAGCGGCAUAAAACCUUAUACGUGUAAAGUAUGCAAUAAACAAAUCGGCAAUUUGUCUAAGCAUAUGAAAGUGCAUUCGGACGAAAGGCCGUACAGUUGUGACGUAUGUGAGAAACAGUUCUCUGUCAACGGUAAUUUGAAACUGCACAUGAGAAUACACACGGGUGAGAAACCGUUUACCUGUGACAUUUGCCACAGCCAAUUCACUCAGAGCAGUGGUUUGAAGAGGCAUAGAUGUACGCAUGAGAAAAAUUAAUGGUUAAUUUAAGUCCCGAUUUCACGAAUUUGAAUACAUAUACCUAAUCACGUUUUUAUCGUGUGGUACCCGGCACCAAUAAUACACAUACAUACAUAUGAUCACGUCUAUAUCCCUAGCGGGGUAGACAGAGCCAACAGUCUUGAAAAGACUGAUAGGCCAUGAUCAGCUGUUUGGCUUAGUGACAGCUUUCCCAUGGAUGUCAUAAAAGGCGACUAAGUGAUAGGCUCAUCAACUUGGGAUUCCUCUUGUAGACGAUGAGCAAGCAACCUGUCACUAUUUGAAUCUCAAUCUCAAUUUUAUCAUAAAGCCAAACAGCUGAACGUGACCAUCUUACCGUGGCAAUGAUAAAGAUAAUUUAAUUUAUAUUAUAGUUUCAUGAACAAUUAUAUUUUUUUUAAAUUAUGAAAUAUGUAAUAAAAUCUACUUUAAGUGGAGUGUAUUGUAUAUGAAGUGGAAUAAUUUUUAAGCAAAAAGUAUUAUUAAUAUA